AUGGCGGACCUUGAGCUCACCCUAACAUGGCUCGGUAUGGAUCGCUACCUCGAACGCUUUAUUGAAGCAGGGUUCGAUUCUUGGGAGACGGUUCUGGAGGUCACGGAGAAUGAUCUGGACAUUCUCAAUGUGGACCUUGGGCAUCGGAGAAAACUACAAAGAGAGAUUGCCAACACCAAACGACUCGCUCGGGACCCGGCAUUCGUCACUCCCUUGUACGGAAUCGAUCCUCUUCCACCGAACACUCGGAGAGGAUUCUCAUCCAGCAGCAACGACGUACAGCAGGGUGGCGCACCCACGAAACGGGGUUACAGACAUCAUCCCAAGCCGGAUCCAAACGUCCCUGAGCGGCCGUACUCCGCAUACGUGCUCUUCUCCAACCACACACGCGAGCAAUUGAAAGAGCAAAAUUUGUCCUUCACUGACUUGUCGAAAGUAGUUGGCGAGAAAUGGCAACAACUCGCACGAGACGAGAGAGGAGAAUGGAAGACGAAGGGCGCCAUACCCUGGGAAAGAUACAAAGCGGAACUGGCCGAGUACCAAAAGACCCAUGAUUUCCGGGAAUAUCAGCGCUACCUGACACAGUUCAAGGCCACUCAAGCUGCCAAGAACCCGCAAAGGAAGUCAAGCACUACCAUGCAAAGCCCAGUGCUGUCUCCAAAACAGGCGAGCAGCUUUGCAUCAAAACCUAGCAAGAUAGCCGUCAGCCCCACCGGACGAGAGCUCGGGGUAGAAUGUUACUAUGCGAGUGGAAAGCGUGACCAGGGGAGAAGACAGCAUGACGAGAUUUGGCAGAAGCUCAAAGCGUACGAAGAACUACUCCUUAAGUUCGUGCCUCAGGUAGAUGAUGAUGAUCAACAGGCGAUACAAGAUGCCAUACUCAUGCCACCGCACGACGAGGCCGCCAAAAACGCCUACAAAAAGAUGAUCACAGGUGAAAGCCAAAGCGGCAGUCUUGAUGAUGGAGGUGAACUGGACGCUUCUGACGUUGGUUCAAUGGGUUCUACGGGCCAUAUCAACCAAGACGACUCCCUGCAACAGAGCUCUGUAGAUCAUGUCCAGGCUUUUGCAGGACAAUCCUCCCAAACCAAGUGGACUGACAAAUUGAAUAAGGAAUUGCUACCAAAGCAAGAAGCGAAAACGUUCACAUCUCAAGAUUGGAACCAGGGCUUCUCUCGAAAACCUCAGCCGUACGCAGAAGAUACUGAUACCGCUGUGGUUGGACAUCAAAUCGACCCCUUUUCAUUGCCGGUCAAGUCCACAGCCGAUUUUCUCGUGAACGCAUACUUCUCGACGAUGCACCUGUCAUUUCCCAUUCUCAACAAAGUGGACUUCAUGAACCAGUACGAUCAGCUCUGCAGCACUAUGGAUCCCGAAGGCUUCGAAGAUCGUACAUUUAUUGCUACGCUCCAGCUUGUGUUUGCCAUUGCCGCCGUACACGCCCAUCUCAUCCAAGCUGAUUGGACUGGAGAUGCGAGAGACCACAUGUUGUACUUCUCACAAGCACGCGUGCUAGCAGUAGACACGGGCAUUUUGAAUGAUGAUUGCUACCUUGGCCAGGUCCAGGUGUUUAGCUUGGGCGCGAUGUAUCUAUUAGUGACCCACCAGCUCAACCGAGCCUGGAACCUUUCUGGUCUGGCGGUAAGGUCGGCACAGGCAUUGGGUCUGCACUUGCAGGACGUUUCGGACUCAGUAACGGAGGAGACGAAAGAGUUUCAUGCUUACAACUGGUUCGCCCUGAUGACACUAGAGAGUAUGCUCACACUCGUGACUGGUCGGCCAGCGAUGAUCAAUCCUCGGGAUUGCAGUGUCACAGUUCCAAGGAAGCUUGCCGAGGGUAAGGCGCCGCGUACAACAACCGCACCUUCUGGAUCGUCCGAUCAGAGAUCAGCAAUGGAUAGCAGACACCAUACUUCGAGUUCGGGCAUGUGGAAGCCUGGACCAGGACCUUCAUCGAAUAGGAUGACAAUAAAGCGCACCACGAAGGUCGCGGCAAUCUAUUUCGUGCAUUACGUGGAGCUUUGUAUGCUAGCCAAUGAAGCUGUGGGCGAGUUAUAUCAACCCGGUAUUCGAAAAAAGAAAUGGGCAAACAUCGAAAGCAGAAUACAUAGAUUCGACAGAAGGCUUUUUGAAUGGAAAGACGGCGUCAACCCGCCCUUUGACGUCGCCAGUCCAUCCUCAGACCCAGAAACGGAGUCUUGCCGAGUGGCUCUUCGCAUCCUCUUCCACAGCGCACGAACAAUCAUCAACCGUCCGUGCCUAUGCAGGCUUGGUAAACGUAUCCAAGAUCAAUCAAGCUACUCUCGACGAGAAGACCUCAGCUCAGCAACCAAGUGCGUCGAAUCCGCCCGCGCCACACUCAGCCUUAUCCUUCACAAACCAGAAUCUACCAUUCUCCACGAAGGUACAAUGUGGUGGAUGCAGCUGCACUACCUCAAACGCGCCCUCACAGUUCUCCUCCUCGAGCUCGCCUUCCGCGCCGAACAUAUGCCGUCCGCCGCGGGUGAGAUCCUCGCGGAGGCCAAAGCCGCCGUCAAUUGGCUUGAUCAUAUUGGUAACUCCAGUCCCGAAGCGCGUCGCACCUCUUCCAAUAUGCGUAAGCUGCUACGGCUCGCGGCGCAGAGAGUUGGCGGAGACACAUCAGAUAUGAUGACGUCUUCGGAGGAGGAAGCAGCGCCGACUCAUCCUGGACACCAGCAGCCGCCGUUGGCCAACUACGACAACAACUUAAGCGCCUUUCCGGCCCAUGGUCUUUACGAUGGGGCGGGUCCUUUCGAGCUGUGGCAGAACUAUGGGGAUCUGACUGCACGGAACGAGUUGGAUCAAUUUGGGUUCCUGAGAGCGGAGGGUGGGGUGGGGAGUCUGUUCCCAACCGGGUGUGAUAUUGAAGGGAUGGGUGGGGGGCAAGGUGAGGAUAUCGAUAUGGAGAAGAGCUUUGAAUUUUGA